AUGGCAUCAUCAUCACAAAUGUGUUCGAUCGAGACAUGUAAACGAUCUGCUCAUGCUCUUUGUUAUUGUUGUCAAAAAUCUGUCUGUAUCGAACAUCUCAAUGAACAUUCGCAUCGUCUCAAUGAUCAACUUCUUCCAUUGGCCGACGAUAUCAACGACCUAUUCGAUCGAUUCAACAAUGUUUUAUUACCUCAAUCCGCCUUCUGCAUCGAACUCGAUAAUUGGCGGGAAGAAGCACAUCAAACAAUCGAUCAUUAUUGUGAACGAAAGAAACAAGAAUUCGAUAAAUUGAUCAUGAACGAAAGACAAAAACAAAAGAUUGAUCUCGAUCAUCUUCGUUAUCAAAUCGAUGAAUCCAUUAAAAAACAAGAAACAACCACGGAAUACGUCGAUUCAAUGAACAAUUCUCUACGUUGUCUUCAACGACAGAUCAAUGAAUUGGAAAUUUCUCCUGUUCUUUCACCAUUAGAUAUCGACGAACAUAUCGUUGACAUUUAUCAAAAUAUAUUGAAACCAAAAAAUAUCUUACCCCUUCCACCACCAUAUCGAUCAAUCAAAAUACAAUACAGUUCAUUUAUUGCAGCUAGUGAAAAUCAUAUCCUAUUGGAAAAUAUCCACAAAUUCUAUCUAUUGGAUCAACAAUUGGGUAUUCAGAAUGAAUUUCCAUGGAAUCAUGAUAUUCCAUGGCACAUGGUUUGGUCAAAAACACUUGGUCUUUUUUUUAUUAUUACUUCAAAGGAAAUCUUUACACUCGACGAAAGAAAAAUGAUGAUCGAACCAUGUUCAAUUCUUCACAAUAGUUCGAUGGCUGAUUGGAGCAGUGGAACAUGUUCAAAUGAUAGUCUUUAUUUAAUUGUAGAUGCAAUGGGUACAUCGAUUUAUGAAUACAAUCUUCGAAGAUCGAUAGAAUUCGUUAAAGAAUAUCGAACACCAUUUACUUGUUCUUAG